AUGCAGCCGACGCUCUGCAGGCUCCGCACUCACCAGUGGUGCUUCAUCCUCUUCAACGUGCUGCUGUUCCACGGGCUGCUCUUCGGAGCAGACCUGCUGGAGGAGUAUUUCCUGCGCUCGCUGCCUCUGCCUUACACCGAUGCAAAGACCCUGGAGAUCAGGGAGAGGGCCAGGAAGCUGGAUCUGGAUGCUCUGAAGGCCAACCUCUCCUCCACAGUGAGCAGUGCAGCGACAUGCUCCCAGGGAGAGGUGUUUCUGCUCGUGCUGGUCUGCAGCAGCCCAGGGAACAGGACGAGGCGCGACGCGAUCAGACAGACGUGGGGCAACGUGACAGACACCGGAGGUUACACUGUCCUUACCCUGUUUGCUUUGGGAAAGGCAGCUUCAGAAAGCACCCAGCUGCAGAUCAACGAGGAAUCUCAAAAGCACAGAGACAUUAUUGAGGGCAGCUUCAUCGAUUCUCCCCAGACACAGACGCAGAAGCUGCUGCUGAGCCUGGGGUGGGCAGCGACCCUGUGUCCCCACGCGAGGUUCGUCCUCAAAACGGACGAAGACGCGUUUGUCAGCGUUCCAAGCCUGGUUGGAUACUUGCUCAGCUUAACACAGCUGGAGGACAUUUACACUGGAAGAGUCAUUCACCAGGGAGUGCCUGACAGAGACCCCAAGAGCUCUGGCUUUGUUCCCCCCCAGCAGUACCCAGAGGAGUUUUACCCCGAUUACUGUGAGGGCAGCGCCUUCGCCAUCUCCCGGGACGUGGCUCGCAAGGUGUUUGUGGCUGCCAAGGAGGUGCCACUCUCAGUGCCCCCUGACAUUUUUGUUGGCAUCUGUGCUGAGAAAGCUGGCAUCACCCCCAUCCACAGCUCUCGCUUUUCUGGGGAGAAGCACAUCAGCUACAAUCGAUGCUGCUAUAAAUUCAUUUUCACCUCUUCCAACAUGAGAGAGGACGAGUUAUUUAAAGCCUGGAAGGAAACAAGCGAUGGGGAAGAUUGCUCACUGCUGGAAACUUACUAUGGGCUGGUGUCCUGCAAGGUUCUGACCUAUAUUGAGAAGUUCAAACAGUUCAACUUGGAGAGAAUUAAAAAUGAGGUUCUUCAUUUCACCGAGUGA